AUGAGGUGCGCGGCCCGCUCGCCCUCCUCCGAAGACUCUUCUUUACUCCAGUCCCAGAGAACCAGCUGCUCACCUCUCUCCUCUUGUUAUAAUGGGGUCAUGCUGUUCAUGGCUCAGCUCAGCAAGGCAGAGCUACAAACGUUCAAGCAGUUGUUAAUGGAUGAGCAACUCCUACCUGGCUCUGGCCACAUCACCUGGGACCAGAUGAAGAGAUACAGCUGGGCAGAAGUGGUUCACCUCCUAACACAGCACUUCCCCGGACGGCUAGCUUGGGAUGUGACUCUUGACAUCUUUCAGAAGAUGAACCAGGAAACGAUGUGCUCCCUGGUACAACAAGAGCUAAACAGCAUUCUACCUACCUUGGCACCAGAUGUCUUUAAUCCAAGAGAAACACAGCUGAGUUUGGAGAAAGAAGAAUAUGAUGAAUUGCAGACAUACAAGCUGCACGUAAUGGAAAAGAAUUGCCCCGUAUGGAACAAAUCUGUUUGGCCCGGAAACCAAAUUGACUUCUUAUACCAAGAGAUACCCAAACACAAAGAGCUCUUGUUAUGUCUGUUUCUACCCAGAAAACCUCAGGGUGGACAGCCUAAGACCGUGGUCAUAGAGGGAAGUCCCGGGAUUGGCAAAACAACUCUAGCCAGAAGGGUGAUGCUGUCAUGGGCUCGAAAUGAGUUCUACCCCCAUAAGUUCAGGUUCGCUUUCUACUUCCACUACCAAGAGCUGAAACAGGUCAAAGAGCACAGCUUCGCCGACUUGCUUGAGCUCAAGGGCCUUCAGUCUCGGGCUCUCGUGUCAAAGAUUUUGUCCAAUCCAGAUCAGCUUCUACUCCUGAUUGAUGACUUCGAGGAAGUCCCGGCUGAGCCCUUCAGAAGACCAAGACCAGAUGAUCUGAGUGAAGAAUGGGACCAGAAAUUGCCUGGGCCCACUCUCCUGAACAGCUUGAUGUGCAAAAGGAUGCUUGCAGAGGCCACGCUUCUGCUCAUGGUGAGGCCAAUCAGCUGGAUCAGGAUUAAGCCCUAUCUUCAGUGCCCCUCUUUUCUUACCCUCCCAGGGUUUAACAGGACUGAAGUGAUCAAGUAUUUCAAGAUGUACUUCAGGAACACAGGGCAGGGUGACAUCGCCCUGGAUUUUGCCAUAAGAAAUGCAAUUCUCUUCUCCAUGUGCCAGGUCCCUGUGAUAUGCUGGUUGGUGUGCUGUUGUCUGAACGAACAAAUGAAGAGGAGCAUGAAUCUCUCAAUGGCAUGUCCCAACGUGACAUCUGUGUUUAUCUGGUAUCUCUCCACCUUGCUCACAGAUAGAACUAGGAACUUUUCCAACCCAAGUGACCAAGAACAGCUAGAACGAUUAUGCAGUAUAGCUGCCCAGGGCAUGUGGGACAUGAAGUGGGUGUUUAGUAAGGAUGACUUUGAGAAAGUCAUGAUGGAUGAGGCCAGUGUCCACACCUUCCUCCAAGCACAUAUCUUUCAAAGGCUCGAAGGUCCAGAAGACCAUUACGUCUUCACCCUCUUUGUUUUCCAGGAAUUUUUUGCCGCCUUGCUUUACAUUCUCUCUUUCCCACAGAGACUCCGAAGUUUCCACUUUUUGAGCCAUAUAGAUAUCCGUUCCCUCAUCUUCCUGCCCGGAAGAAGCAAAAACUAUCUGGCUAAUAUGGCUCUCUUCUUGUUUGGCCUUUUCAACCCACUGUGUGCUUUCACCUUGGAGAGAUCCUUCCAGUGCAAGGUGACCUGGAGGAACAAGAUAAAAGUGCUAAAAAUCGCAACCCGCAUGCAUGAACAUAAACUCUCUUCUCCGUGUUGCGGGAUACCACAGUUGUGGCACUGUCUCUGUGAAAUCCGGGAGGAGGCCUUUGCAAGUCAGACACUAGCCAGUUACUGCAAAGCAGCUCUAACACUUCAGAACUACGAAGAUUUUCAGUCGUCCGCUUUCUGCCUUCUGAACUGUCAAGAGCUGAAGGAAAUGACAUUGACUCUCUCAAAGAGAUUCUUCCAGGAGUGGUGGUCUGGCUCAACAGACACCCUCCUUGCCACUGGAAUAAGAGUGACUGACAUGUCUUUUUGCUGGUGGCAAAGCAUCUGCUCUGUGUUUGGGACAAAUAAAGAUCUGGAAGUCCUGAUUGUGAGCGACAGUGCCAUGGAACCUCCAUUCAUGAAAGUCUUUUCUACUGCCCUGCAACAUCCAGAAUGCAGACUGCAAAAGUUAUAUUUGAUACGUGUGGAGCACAGUGUUUUGCAUGAAGACUUGUUCCAGGUUUUGACUGAAAACCAGCAUCUGAAACACUUGGAAAUACAUCAUACAAAAAUAGGACAGGAGGCCAUGAAGUCUCUGUGUGCAACACUGACAUCACCUAUGUGUCUCCUAGAUUGCCUGAGGCUGGAGUCAUGUGAGGUGGCCAGUCCUGAAGACUGGAUUCAUCUCGCCCGUGAUCUUCAAAGGAACAUACACCUGAGGACUCUGCUGCUGCGGGGGAACUCUCUAGAAUUGUUCGGGGUGCAUUACCUGUCAGUAAGUCACCUCAGGAAGCUCGCGCUGGAGAACUGUAACCUCACAGAGAACUCUUGCGAAAACAUCGCCUUCUCCCUCAGGCAUAGUAAGAUGCUGACCCACCUAAGCCUGGCAGAAAAUGCCUUGAAGGAUGAGGGGAUCAAGCAUAUCUGGAGAGCCUUGGAAUAUCUGAUGUGUCCCCUGAAGAGAUUGGUGCUGAGAAAAUGUGCUGUGACUUCAGCUUGCUGUCAGGAUAUGAUCUUGGCUCUCAAGAACAAUAAAAGCCUGAGCAGCCUUGACCUUAGUUUCAACAACCUGAGGAAUGAUGGCAUUAUCCUGCUCUGUGAAGCUCUGAAGAAGACUGACUCUAACUUGCAGGUCCUGGAGCUGGAGAGGUGUCUGUUCUCCUUCAUCUCCUGCAAGGCUCUGGCUUCCAUGAUCAGGAGCCACCGGAAGCUGAGAUACCUGGACUUGAGCAACAAUGACAUUGGACUUGUUGGCAUCAUGACCUUGGGCAGUGCCUACUUGGGCCAAAGCCUGGCAGAAAAGAUCAUUAUGUAA